AUGGACAUCAAGACAUACAUCUCAGAUUCCCUCCUUCAACUCACCGGAGUUUCAGACCCUACAGUCGUUGAUUUCGUCCUUGCAACUGCUUCAAAGGCUAAAUCACAAGAGUCUCUGCGCGAACAACUUGGGGUGUUUUUGGAUGGUGGAAAUGCAGACAUACAACCCUUCUGUACGCAAUUAUGGAGUCGUGUGAAUCCCUCGGGGAGAGACGGCAAAUCUUCAAAGGACAAGCCCACCCAGCAACAACCGAAGAAAAAGUAUCGCUUGGUUGAAAUGGAGGAUGAAAUAGCGGAUAACGAUCUUAAUCCUAGCAAGGCGCAAUCAAGGGAGUCAGGGUCGUCCAGGUCUCGAUCUACAACAAAGAAUAGGAAUGAUGGCAGUAGUGAACAUAAGAAGAGGGAUAGUCAUGCGGACGGACGAGAACACAAUCGACCACGGAAACUUCGCCGAAUAGAUAAGCACGAUUUUGAGAGCCGAUGGGGCGAUGAAGAACCCCCUUCAGGCGAGGAUGAGCAGUACGAGUCUCCCGCAGAGAAUUUGCCGGAUAAAGUCAAUGUUUCCCAUGAUGUUGAGGCUUUCGACCACUCUGAGGAAGACCCUGAAAAGGCCAGGGAGCGUGAUAGGAGGGAGCGGGAUGAGUUUGCUAAACGGCUUAUCUCAAAGGAUGAUAAACGGUCCAGAAAAGUGGUUGAAGAUAGGUCAUCUAAGAAAGAUGGUGGAACAGCUUCGCGAAGGGCACUUGCAGAGGACUCGGCUGCUAGGGCCGCUGCAAUGCCAGAUCUUCGACUACGUUCUCGACAGGACUAUCUGAAGAAGCGAGAGGCUGAACGCCUAGCUUUGUUGCGCAAACAAGUUGCGGAGGAGACAGCAGAACUUCGAGAAAAUCCUGACUUGACACGACAGGAGAAAGAAGAGUUUGCAAAGAACAGGGAGGUUUUAAAGCUAGCCGAGGAGCGACUGCAAAUUGAUGACCAUCGAGAUGGCUAUUUCCUCCCUGAGGACUACAUAACGGAGAAAGGGAAGAUAGACCGGAAGAGAAAAGAAGAAGCACUAUAUAAGCGAUAUGUUGACCGUGACGACCAUGGAAAGGAACGUUUUGUCACAGAGCAUGAAGAAUGGGAACUUGAGCAAACGGCAAAAGCUAAAGCUCAGAUCCAAAAAGCAGAGUUCGUUGAUGAAGGAGAUUAUGAGUACGUUUUCGAUGAUGCGCAGAAAGUGAACUUUAUCAUGGAUUCAAAGAUGGCUGGUGACCGGAAACCUAUGACAAAGGAACAAAUGCUUUUACACAAGCAGAUUGAUGCCGCUGAACAGAAAGCAAAGUCAAUAGAAGAAACUCGAAAAAGCUUGCCGAUUUACCAAUUUCGAGAACAGAUCCUAGAUGCGGUAGCUAACCAUCAGGUUUUGAUCAUCGUCGGUGAAACUGGUAGCGGAAAGACGACUCAAAUCCCUCAAUAUUUACAUGAAGCAGGAUAUACAAAAGGUGGCAUGAAGGUCGGCUGUACGCAGCCACGACGAGUUGCUGCCAUGAGCGUUGCCGCACGUGUGGCAGAGGAAGUAGGGGUUAAGCUUGGUGAUGAAGUGGGAUACUCUAUUCGAUUUGAAGAUACUACCUCCGAUAAAACGGUAUUAAAGUAUAUGACUGAUGGUCGUUUACUACGUGAACUGCUUAUGGAGCCAGAUCUUGCUUCAUACUCUGCACUCAUGAUUGAUGAAGCCCAUGAGCGUACCGUCCCGACAGAUAUUGCUUGUGGCUUAUUGAAAGACAUUGCUAAAGCUCGACCGGAUUUAAAGCUUCUUAUCUCCUCCGCUACAAUGGAUGCACAAAAGUUUCAAAAGUAUUUUGAUGAUGCCCCUAUAUUUAAUAUCCCUGGCCGGAGAUACCCUGUUGAUAUCCAUUAUACAUCUCAGCCCGAGGCCAAUUACCUGGCAGCCGCAAUCACAACGGUUUUUCAAAUCCAUAUCUCCCAAGGACCGGGUGAUAUACUAGUGUUUUUGACAGGCCAAGAAGAAAUUGAAUCAGCGGAACAGAAUCUGUUGGAAACGGCCCGGAAGCUUGGAAAUAAAAUCAAGGAGCUAGUUGUUUGCCCUAUUUACGCAAAUUUGCCCUCUGAGCUUCAGACAAAGAUAUUUGAGCCCACUCCUCCGGGAGCUCGAAAAGUUGUUCUUGCUACAAAUAUUGCCGAGACAAGUUUAACAAUCGACGGCAUUGUGUACGUUAUUGAUCCGGGAUUCGUCAAGGAGAGCGUCUUUAAUCCCCGCACUGGAAUGGAAAGCCUUGUUGUCACCCCAUGUUCUAGAGCAUCUGCCGGUCAAAGAGCUGGUCGCGCUGGUCGUGUUGGCCCGGGAAAGUGCUUCCGUUUGUAUACCAAGUGGGCGUAUUAUAACGAACUUGAGCAGAAUACCACACCAGAAAUCCAGCGCACAAAUCUUAGCGGUGUGGUGCUCAUGUUGACUUCAUUGGGAAUAACUGAUCUACUUGAUUUUGAUUUCAUGGAUCCACCUCCGGCCGAAACAUUGAUUCGUGCUCUUGAACAGCUUUAUGCAUUGGGAGCCUUGAACGACCGUGGAGAACUUACGAAAGUUGGCCGUCAGAUGGCAGAGUUUCCAACAGAUCCCAUGCUCUCGAAAUCAAUCCUGGCAGCAGACAAGUACGGCUGUGUUGAGGAGAUCCUAUCCAUCAUCGCCAUGCUGGGAGAGGCAAGUGCACUUUUCUACAGGCCCAAAGAUAAGAAGAUUCAUGCAGACAGCGCUCGGGCUCGAUUCACUGUCAAAGAUGGGGGUGACCACCUAACUCUUCUCAACAUCUGGAAUCAAUGGGUAGAUGCUGAUUUCAGCUACGUCUGGGCGAGGGAGAACUUCCUCCAGCAAAGAAGCUUAACCCGUGCCCGUGAUGUUAGGGACCAACUUGCUAGGUUAUGUGACCGUGUUGAAGUUACCCUUAGCAGCGCAGGAGCAAACAACCUCCCUGUGAUCCAGAAAGCUGUGACAGCAGGCUUCUUCCCUAACGCUGCACGGCUUCAGCGUGGAGGAGACAGUUAUCGAACUGUUAAAAAUGGCCAGACUGUCUACCUCCACCCAUCAAGCACUCUAUUUGGAACAGAUCCAAAAUGGGUUAUCUACUUCGAGCUAGUGUUGACUAGCAAGGAGUUCAUGCGUAGCAAUAUGCCGCUGCAACCAGAAUGGUUAACCGAGGUUGCUCCUCAUUAUCAUAAGAAGAAAGAUCUUGAGACUCUUGGUUUAGGUAAGCCAAAGGGACAGCAUACCACAGAGAAAUCAAAAUCAUAG